UUCUGCUGGUUUAAAGAGGGUGUAUCUCCGAGGAACAGCCGUCCGUUUGCUACUCGGCCUACUUUUUCCCUUUCCCCUACCUCGCUGGCGUAGCUUUUUGAGUGUUUGCUACUGUCCGCCUCUUCUCUAAACUUCAGUCAGUUCAGGUCAUGUUGGAGAGGAAGUGAGAGGGCUUCUACAGGAGUCUACAUUUCUCUGAACGGAUUUUCCCGUGAUUGCCUUAAAGACUAGUUGUAGACCAGUGGAGUCACUGUGGGAUUUUGAGCUUCGUCCACCAUGGGGGACAUGAUUUCCAGUCACCUGGAUGAAGCCAAGCGGGAGAUUAUCACAGAUGUUUACACUACAGUACACUAAACAGAAUAUUGAAGGAAACCAUUGUCGGAAAUCUGUGAUACAGGCUAUAUCUACUUAAUGCAAAGCUCGGACUGGGGAGGUGAUGGGGGAGUUUGGUCAUCUGUAUGAAAAGCAGUAUGCAGUGGCUCUCUUCAACAAAGUUCGCUUUGACAUAGAAGGAGGACGUGGCCCGCAACCCCAGCUACUACACCGAAAGAUUCCUCUGACGAACAAGUCCAUCUUCUCUGGCUCACUCUGUCAGUACCUGGAGGAGAACAAGAAAUGGAGGAACCGCUUCUUCUUCGUUCCAGACUCCUACAACAUCAUCUAUUAUGACAAUAAAGCGUCCCAUGACAAACGCCUCCAUCCCAAAGGAACCAUCAACUGUGCCGGCUACAAAGUGCUGACAUCUAUGGAGCAAUACCUGGAUCUGAUCAGCAACAGUCUGCCUGGUGUGAAAGCCAAAGUGGGAAGUUCACCCUUCCUAAAUUGUGCCACCCAGUUCCCUCUGAUCCUCUGGCACCCUUAUGCCCGUCACUACUACUUCUGUGUGGUGACAGAGAAAGAGCAGCAGAAGUGGCACGCUGUCCUCCAGGACUGUGUCAGACACACCAAUAAUGUUAAUAUUCCCAUCCCAGGUUUGUCGGAGGAGAAUAAAGUCCAAACACCAGCCUUCACUGAUGCAGUGCGACUCUACCGCCAAGCCCAAGGACAAUAUGGCACCUGGGAGAUGAUGUGUGGCGUACCAUCACAGAUCCUGUCUAACCUGGUGAUGGAGGGCCUCCUCCCUGAGCUGAGAGAGCUCAUCUCCCCUCGUUUCAAAGGCAAACUACACGAGAGGCAAAGGAACUGGAUGCUGAUUAGUGAUGCGGUGUACAGCCUGGUGCAGGGGCAGUGUCAAGUCCAGUAUGAGAUGGUGUUGCAGAAGUGUGAGGCGACCCGCUCCUCUCUGGAAGCCUCUAUACAAACGGACAUGGACCAGAUCAUCACCUCCAAGGAGCAUGUCACUAACAAGAUCAGAGCGGUGGUUCUUCCAAAGGCCGAGAAGCUGCUGAAGGUGAGUAUCCAGCCCUACAUCAGCUCCAUCCUUGACGCCCUGAUGGAGCCGACCAGCCGAGGCUUCUCUGAGGUCCGCGAUGUGUUCUUCAGAGAACUGGUAGACAUGAGUAAGAACACCCUCAACGAGGGAACCAAGGAGACCGUGGCACAGCACAUGGAGAAGAUCUCCAUGCUGGCCUUCCAUCCAGUGAAGAUGCAGAGCUGCUAUGAGAAGGUGGAGCAGCUGAGUCUGGAGGGUCUGCAGCAGAGGUUUGACAUUUCCAGCCCCUCAGUGUUCGUCCAGAGGGCCCAGAUCCUCAUGAGAGAGCAAAUGGACAAUGCAGUUUAUACAUUUGAGCAGAUCCUUCACCAGAGUCUGGAGUCUCAGGGUACAGAGGAGCUCUGUAAGGCCAUCCAGCGCUGCCAAGACAGAGUCAUUAAGAAAUUUGACUAUGACAGCAGCACAGUGAGGAAGCGUUUCUUCCGUGAGGCCCUCCUCCAGAUCUUCAUCCCUUAUGUGCUGAAGCAGCUCAGCCCUUCCUGUGCCUCGGAGCUGCCGCGCUUCCAGGAGCUGAUCUUCGAGGACUUUUCCUGUUUCAUCCUGGUGGAGAACAUCUUUGAGGAGGUGGUUCUGCACUCGGUCAUGAAGGACAUCAUGAUGGCUGUGAAAGAGGUGGCAGUCCAGAGGAGACACAACCUGUAUAGGGAUAGCAUUGUCCUCAGCAACAGUGACCCCAGCCUGCACCUACUGGGAGAAAACCCCUCCAUCGACUGGGCCGGGCAGUACGGAGGAGCCCAGGAGGAUGCCGAUGGAGCAGGUGAGUAUGCUGAGGGUGAAGGAGGGGAGUCCCAGAAGAGGAGGAGGAUGAAGCAGGUGGUGUCCAUGAUCCAGGUGGAAGGCUCCCCAGUCCUACCCAACGAAUCAUGCAUGGAGGUGCCCAGCAUCAACGACAUCACGGAGGAUGAUGGAGAUGGGGAUGAGAACUCGGAUGUUAAAGCUUCUCCUAACCAGAAUGAAUCUGCAAGUCCCAAAGCUUCAGACAGCCAUCCAUUGUCAAAUGGUUCUGUCGUGAAGGAAGAGGAAGCCAAUCCAGAGGAGCAGGGUAAAGAAGAAGUCCCUCUGAAGGUUGAAAGUGCUUCAGAGGAGAAGUGUAAGGGAGAGGACAGCCAGCUGAUGGUGGUGGAGGAACAGCUACCCUCCAACCAGCAGGUGCCGGAGGAGGCAUUGCUACCGCUGCCUUGUCCCGAGGAAAUCACAUCUGGAGCUACAGAAGUGAUUCCAGAGAGCCCUCCGGAAGUGACAUCUGACUUCCGCCCACCUCCACACGACGACAGCAGCUUCCAGUCUCCCACUAGUGAAGGGACGGAGGCAGAGGAUGAGGAGAAGGAAGUGGCCCCUAGCACAGUGGCCCCACAGCACACAGAGGAGCACCCUGAGGUGAGGGAGACAAGUGUAGCUGCAGCACCAGAAGCAGAGUCCAAAACCAGUGGCUCUGAGACCAGAGACCAGUGAUUCCGUUUGUUUGACCCAAACUGAAUCCGGCUCGUGUUCUUUUUUUUUUCUUCUUUUUUUUUUGACAAAGAUUGAAAUCUGAUGUGGUUUAAAAAGCAUGAAGUGUUUUUUAGUUUUCUCACCAGUUUCAGGCAUAGUAAUCACUCGGCAGAUUUUUUUCACUGAGCAGGGCUCAGAUGCUGUCGUCAUUUUGAUAAAUGUAGUUUUUUCUGUAUAAUUUUCACAACUUUGCAUCUGACAGAAAAUCCUCUGCAAAGUCUGAGCUUUCAAUCCACAAGUUCCUUACUUUAUUUUCUCUUCACCUGGUAUAAAUGUGAGCACAAUGGACAACCUUGAGUCCAUAAUGGAGUUGCAAGAACAUCCCCUUUGAGGUGUCUUUGGUGAAAUACAUAUAAAUUGAUUUAGCUCUUAAGUCUGUCUUGUUUAACUACUGUGUGGCUUUCAAUAACCUUCAGCAAUUAGAUUUUUUUAUUUUAUUUGUAAAUGCAGUUUGUGCUAUUGGAAACUCACUUGGUUAUUAUUGGACCUAAUUAUCCAACAGAAAAUACUUUACAGAAUGUGGAAAAGUCUCGAAGGUGAUUUUUAAAAAUAUAUAUAAUUCAUUCAUUGUCUCAAUGUACACACUGACUUCUCAAGACAAGACAAUUUCUUUUGUGUUGGUGGGAAUAACACUUUUAUUCCUUAACAAAGAAAACUUGUAUAUAUUAUGUAUAAAUACUUCUAUGGACCAGUGAACUACCAAACUGCCUUUUUUACAUAUUCUUUUUUAAUAAUUUCAUCAGUGUCUUAGCUGAUCUCUCCACCCCCUAUUUUAUUUAUUAUUUUGCACCCCCCGUCUCUUUUUUGACCAGUGUACUUUUAGAUUUAUUUUACACUUGUGUGAUACAAAUGACUGUUAUUGAUAAUAAAUCUUUAUCAAUUAAUUAUUA